AUGGAGGCCCACGGCGAGGCCUACGUGAAUGGGACGGUGGAGGAGCAGGCAGCGCCGCAGGCGCUGCAGGAGUUGCAGGCCGCCGUCCAAGAUGUGCACGCCAUGCCCGUCGUCGUCGGCGCCUACCAAGACGCGCUCGCUGAGCAGGCUGCGGCGGGCACCCCUGCAGACCAUGGAAUGGGCGACGACACCCCCGGCAUGCACCUGGGCGGAAUGUCGGGGCGCGGAGGGCGCAUGAGCUCCGGCAGCUUCAAGAACCGCACGGGCCCGCUGUACUGCCAGGUGGAGGGCUGCGGCAUGUCUCUGGAGGCCCUGAAGGAGUACCAUCAGCGGUACAAGGUGUGCGAGGAGCACCUCAAGACCCCCUACAUCAUCCGCGACGGGCAACAGGUCCGCUUCUGCCAGCACUGCGGGCGCUUCCAGCCUCUGGAGGACUUUGAUGACAACAAGCGCUCGUGCCGCGUGCACCUGCAGCGCCACAACGCGCGGCGGCGCAAGCGCCCGCGUGACGGCUCCGCCGGUGGCGGUGACAUGGGGGACUACGUGCACCACCACGCCACCAGCGCGGCGGCGGCGGCGGAGAUGGCCAAGCUGGCCUCCUCCUAUGCGCCCGCCGCCAUCCCCAUCUCCCCAAAGGAAAUCCAGGCGAUGCAGGAGGCGCUGCACUUUGCCAGCACCACCCUCCAACACUCCUCCCAGGUGGUCACCGGCAAGCCGGCGGGCGAGGAGGGCGGCGAGGGCGGCGGCGCGGUGGCGAUGGGCCCUGGCUCCAUGCCCUUUGUGCCCGCCCCCGACGUCAUGAUGCUCCUGCUCAAGGGCUACGCAGCCAUGUUCCAUUACACGCUGGACGCUGCCACGCUGCGCGGGCUGGCCCCACCCUCUGACCUGCCGGAGCAGCAGCUCUUGCAAUAG